ACAUCGUACAGCGAAGAAGCAGGGCCUCCGCAGGAUAAACGCCGAUCUGCAUGACCUGUGCCGUGAAAAGAUACCGGGAGUUCUUGAAGGAAACAAACUGUGCUCUGAGUGCCGGAAGGAAGUUCAUCGGAAGGCGACUGCUAUGACAACAGUGAAGCCCGGGACGCCUAGUCCUGCCACUGGUCGCAGGUCCCCAUCCACUUCCAGCAGUCCCAUGCCCUGCGCACCGGGGUUCGUCGAGGGGCCUAUCGCACCGCGCCUUUCGGUCUCCAAGUCCACGACGGAGUCUGACAGUGACUCCAUCAGCGGCGCGAGCUCUGGAAGUGUGUGCGUACCUACCCCGGUCAAGGUGGAAAGCGCGGACCAAGGGGCACAGAUGAUUGGUGUAUCUCCCUUCGACAUGAAAGAGGUCAAGCGCUCCGAAAAAUACCGGAACAAGAAAGUAACACAGUGCAAAACAAUGUUGCAAGAGACUCUUCUCCGUGCUGCUGGCCAGACAACUAAGGUAGUUCCAGACGCUGUUAAUUUUGAAGACGCUGGACGGGAAAUGAUUUCUCAGCUCAAAGCUAAGUUCAUCAGAGCUCAAACGUAUGCAGAAAAGAUAAAAAUCUUGUCACUUUUGCCUGGAAGCUGGAGCAGCAAUGACAUAAAAAAAGUGUUUCCCGGGGCUACAAGCCAUAUGGUGCGCAUCACAAGCCAGUUGGUAGCUGAACAGGGCAUUUUAUGCUCACCAAAUCCGAAGAAAGGCAAGGGACUUUCGUCUGAAACUGAAAAACUUGUGACAGCAUUCUAUUUGGAGCCCGACGUGAGCCGUGAAAUGGCUGGUAAGAAGGAGUGCAUCGUGGUGAAAGAAGACGGCGGGAAGGUUACUAAAACCAAAAGACUCGUGCUGGGCAACCUGCGAGAUAUCUAUCUUGCAUUUUGCAAAAAAUACCCAAACGUCGAAAUUGGCUUUUCGAAGUUUGCUUCCCUUCGGCCUCCAGAAUGCGUGCUUGCCGGCUCAGCUGGUACUCACACAGUGUGCGUGUGCACAACUCACCAGAACUUCUUGUUGAUGUUUAUGGGUGCUCAUCUUGGGUCCUUGAAGGAUGGAGACACUAAAGUCUGUGAAUCUUGGCAUGACAUUGUAAAUUCAACAAUGUGUCUUCAACCAAAAGAAGAGUGUCACUUUGGAAAAUGCAAGAAAUGUCCGGGGUCCGAGAAAAUAGAGAAGAAGCUAGUAGACGUGCUUUUGACACAGUUUGUUGAGAAAAUCACGUACAAACAAUGGAUCAAAGACGAGAAGGGGCGGUACUUGUUAAGCACAUUUGUUCUUCGCACACAGGACUUCGUGGAAAAGUUGGUUGAGGCAAUACCUGAGGUGAGACAGCACGAUUUCAUCGCUAAACAGCAGGCCGAGUAUUUCUCCAACAGAAGAGACAAUCUAGAGUACGGCGAGGUGUUAGUUGUGGCGGAUUUCUCGGAAAAUUACUCAUUUAUCAUCCAGGAUGCAGUUCAGGGGGCAUACUGGAACAACCAGCAGGCAACUAUCCAUCCGUUUGCGAUGUAUUUUCGCAAUCCAGAGACAGGCAAAGUGGAAGCGGACAAUCUUGUCAUAAUAUCUGACCAUUUGAAGCACGUCACGUCAACGGUCAGUAAAUUUCAAGACGUUCUCAUGGACUACCUGAAAAAGAAACAUGAAAACUUGGCAAAAGUAAUUUACUUCUCUGACGGUUGCGCGGGACAAUAUAAAAACCGCUUCAACAUGAAGAACGUCGCCAUGCAUGAAGCGGACUACGGGGUACCAGCGGAGUGGCAUUUCUUCGCCACGAGUCACGGAAAGGGCCCCAGUGACGGUCUAGGUGGCACACUGAAGCGACUUGCGACGCGCGCCAGCCUUCAGCGCCCGUACGAAGACCAAAUUCAAACUCCAGAGGAGCUGCACGCCUGGGCUGCCACGUCACUGAAAGGCCUCAACUGCGUCUUCGUCAAAUCAGCUGCCGUUCGGAAGCACGAGAGGAAGCUAAAUCGACGCUUUUCAACGGCGGUGGCACUGGGUGGCAUUCGUUCCCACCAUUCAAUGAUACCGUUGUCAGCCACGACUCUCUUGAUGAAGGUGCUCUCCUCGUCCGAGAUUGGGAACAAGGUUUCAGUGGUUGGUGGCGCCGAGGACGUCGACGAAGAAGCGGACGUUGAUGAUGUGGAUGCCGUUGAAGUGGUUCAGCAUACGCCUAGUCCUGGAGUGUCAACACGAUCCCGGGCCAAGCGGCGAAGGACUGUAAAGCCCUAGCGACAUUGUCAACGUCUGGAUUUCGGCUGCAAUGUUUGAAAGAUGUUAAUCACUAUGUUAAUUGGAUCCAACUUGUAUUUUUUGCUUAUCAGCUAUUUUUUAGACUUCAGA